AUGACCACUGCCCACAAUGGUAUGCAAAAUGACAACGGAGGAAUCCCCCAAAAUGGUGAAGUAGAUGAAGAGGAAGAAGCAGUGGAGGUAGAACACAUGGAGGACGACACUGUCCUGUUGAGCUCAUUCCUUUAUGAGUAUUUGGUGAAUAAUUUUAAGUCCAUCCACCUGAUUCUGAACUCACGCAAAGUGAAAGAUUCCCUUUUGGGGCAUGUAAAGGAGAAGGCACAAGAAUUAAAGAAGCGUAUGGAGGAUUGUGGGCAUGCAGUGCAAGGAGAAGGUGGAAUAAAAUUAGGUGGGUCUGAUGAAACCCUCCAAAUGGUCCGUCAGAUACACCUGGACGGGCUUCUUCUACUCAGCACUGAUGAAGCAGAUGUGGAGUAUAAUCACAAUUUGGUUAAAGUAGGAGUCGACCUGAACUUAGACAGAAGCGUUGCGACGGUGGUUUCUAACGAAUGCACCCUCAUCAGCAGGAAGUGGAACUACGACCUUGACGUUAUUGUGAAAGGGGCGGGCGCGAUUGGGGAUGCCGCAGGGAAGGCGGCAAACGGGGAACACACAUCGGAAGAGGUAUCCGCGCGAACCCCCGCUGCUGCAAGGCAAAACAGACUCAAAGUGGUGCUCAGAAGAAACGCCAUCAACGGUACGGACGCCACGAACACUUGCAUCACGAAGGAGGAAGAGCGCGAAAUUGUCAACCGGCUGCUUCGCACCAUCAAGUUGCACUCGAUAAGUACAGAAACCAAGUUGGAGGAAAAAAAAAAAAAAAUUUUAUUUCAAAAUUUUCACGAAUGGUGUUGUCCCCCUUCCCCAUCGGCAAAUGACAUACGAAGCGGAAUCCACCGAAUCAAUGCCUUUUUGUUCGACCUGUUCGAACCUGACUUUUACAACUCCACCCUGAAAAAAAGCAACUCCAUAAGUUACAAAGAAUUGUAUGAACAGUAUCAUGAGAUCAUGAUAAAAUCAAAACACAUAAAAUUAAAUGAGGAGUUUGUCGAGUACCUCCUGCUUGAUUCAGUUUUCCUCCCAAGUUAUGUUAAACGGAACAAGCUACGGGCUGUGCAGGAAGAGGACAAUGAGUACUCAUCGUUCGAUUCAUACUCGGAUGCAUCAUCGGGAGAGUCAGAGGAAGGAACUCACUCAGAAAUGAAAAGUACACAAAUGGCUUCUAACGCCGGUAUGGAAGAAGCGACUGAUUUGACAUGCCACAAGGAUGAUCUCACUCACGAUCACAUACAGGAUGAAAAGUGCGAAAAACGAAAGCGACAAAACCUUUUCAAAAGUGAGCAGUUUCGAAACCAACUGGAAGAAAUACAGCAAGCCAUCGAGGAACUCAACGGAAGUGUCUUCCUUCGAGUAAAUUACAAAAAUUUGAGGAAAGGAUCAUUUGUCAAUAAUUUCAGCCUAGAGGUUAACACCCUAUAUUAUGCCCUGCUAAUGCUAAAGAGCUGCACAGGUGUGUACAAGACGUUGAAGGAAAAGCAAAUGAAUAAAGAAAACUAUCUCAUCGUCUCAAAGUACGUAAAUCUCAACCUCUGUUUCCUCUUCGAUGUAUACAUUUAUUGCAACAUUAUAGUAGCCGUGUCUCAAAAAUGCCUCAAUUAUUACUUUGACUUUUUGACCAAACUAGACGUAAUGGAAGAAGUCAUACACACCAUAAGUGCUUUCUUCAAAAAACACAUUAAGGACACCUUCCCUCAGGACCACUACAUUUUGCAGUUAUACAUUCACACCUUUAAAAAAACCAACAAGAAAAAAGUUCUCCUUAUAAAUGCCAAAAGCUGGCUCUUCAAAAAUAAACAUCCUGUUUUUACAAACAAGUUUUUGACCAACUAUUUGUUCAUCGAUGGGGUGGAUGCGCAUGGAGAGAAGAAUACACAUCAGGUGCACCCACAUGGUAAGGGUAUCUACAAAAUUGAUCCUUCUUCAUUUGCAAUAGAACCUAUGACGGUCCUUAAAAGGGGAAGCGGCGAGGUCCACAUGGCGACCAACACAAAGGACCGUGCGCAGCAUUUGACGCAGGAAAAGGAGGAGAAAAACCAAGCCGAUACUGCCAAAGAGGAAACCCAGAUGGAUCUGUACGUUUGUAAUGGUGUCCUCUACUACUGCAUUACCAAGGAUGAAGCGAUCUACAAGAAAAACGCGAAUUUGUACCCGAAGGACUUAAACUACGUCAAGGACGGUGAAAUCGACAUGGACAGUUUACUGGAGACGAUCAAAAUGCAAAACGCCGGCGCCCCGAGAGAAGACAGUACUCCUCGCUAA